AUGUCGAGCGAACCGACGGCGAAGCCCACGUCCAGUGAGAAUAUCAUCGCCCAGAAGUACGAUCGUUGCUUGGCGGAUCUCCUCGUAAAAUCAGGUGUCGGCUUCAGCGCUGGAGUUAUCGCAUCCGUGAUCCUCUUCCGCCGGCGCGCAUGGCCUAUUGCCCUCGGCACUGGCUUCGGUGCCGGUGCUGCUUACGCGGACUGCGACCGUUCCUUUAACCCUGCACGGAUACCGGGAACGCGAGUCAUCACGGCAGAAGAGCUGGCAGCGCUCGCAGCAGGACAAGCGAAGUAG